AUGGUUUCCUUUAAAAUGUUGUUAGCCGCCUUGCUAGGCAUCGCUUCUUUGAACGGCGUUCAAUCAGCGACACCUCAUGAAUGGAGAACUCGUUCGAUAUACCAAGUAUUCACAGAUCGAUUCGCUAGAACAGAUGUUUCAAAUACCACGGAUUGCCCUUCUCAAACUCGGGGAUAUUGUGGUGGGACAUGGCAAGGCAUAAUUAACAAGCUCGAUUAUAUUCAGGAUAUGGGGUUCACGGCAAUAUGGAUAUCACCAGUUGUUGAACAAGUUGCGGAUUCAGGUCGAGGCUUUCAUGGGUAUUCGGCUCAAAAUUUAUAUGGUCUAAACAGUCACUUUGGAGACGCAUCGGAUUUGAAAGCAUUAGCUAACGCACUUCAUGGUCGAGGAAUGUACUUGAUGGUUGAUGUCGUGGCGAACCAUAUGGGAUCUGAUGAUACUGCGUAUAACGUCGAUUUCAGCAUCAUGAAUCCAUUCAACGACAGCAAAUACUUUCAUGAUGUUUGCUUUAUUAAUGAUUACAACAAUCAGACGAAUGUCGAACUAUGCGAACUUGGAACGGAGAAGUAUCCAUUGCCAGAUCUAAACACCACUCGACAAGAUGUUCGAGAUCUCUAUACCACAUGGAUCAAGUCACUUGUAGCCAAUUACUCAAUUGAUGGAUUGAGAGUGGACACUGUUAGACACGUGGAAAAAGAUUUUUGGCCUUUAUUCAAUGAAGCUGCGGGUAUUUAUUGUGUGGGCGAAGUGGCAGAUGGAGAUGUAGAUUAUCUAUGUCCUUACCAAGAUUACAUGGAUGGACUUCUUUCCUACGCGUCGUAUUACCAACUCACACAAUUCUUCUCCAACACCUCCGCAACAUCAGAAAACCUAAUAGGACAACUACAGUCCCAAAAUUAUCGAUGUAAAGACACAACACUGCUCGGAUCCUUCACCGAGAACCACGACCAACCCCGCUUCGGAAACUAUACUAGUGAUCUUACAUUGGCUAAAAAUAUCAUCACAUACACGAUAUUAGCCGAUGGCAUACCAAUUAUCUAUCAAGGUCAAGAACAACAUUUUCAUGGCGCAACUGAUCCUUAUGAUCGUGAACCAAUAUGGCCUACAGGUUACGAUACUAGCUCCCCACUUUAUGUUCUAGUCAAGCAAUUGAACGCUAUACGUUCUUUGGCAAUAGCACGAUCAGAUACAUAUGCGACUGAUCAAACCCAAGUCGCUUACUCAGACCCACAUAAUAUUGCGUUUCGGAAGGGAGAUGGGAAAUGUAUGACUCUAAUGGUGCUGAACAACAUCGGCGAGAGUGCAGAAUAUUACACGGUUGAGAUAAAGAAUGUGGGAUUUGAAGCUGGGUUGAUGGUGACGGAUGUGUUGAGCUGUAGGAAUGUAAUGGUGGAUGAGUAUGGUGGGAUGGACGUGCCAUUUGUCAGUGGGUUGCCAAGUGUUUAUUACCCGUUUUAUUUACUUGCUGGCACGGGGUGGUGUGGUCAGUAUUGA